AUGGCCCAAGAUUUUGCUACGUCCUACACAACUUAUCUUCGGAAGAGCUCGAAAUUCCGUUGUCCCGUUUUCGACUGCGCGGAGUUUGCUGAUAACAGGGAACAAUUACGAACACAUCUACAAUCAUGCCAUCAAGAUGUCGUAGAGAAAAAAGAUAUUAAUCUGCUUCUCCAGGAGGCAAAAAGGGGAGGUGGUAUUGAAGGAGUGAAGAGAACAACAACUGACAGGCUGCAACAAUCAAGUAGUUCUCAGGAUCCCGGGGGCGGGCAAAUUGAUUCUCCAGGAGAUAAAAAUGAAGGGAAUGACCUUAGCCCUAAUAAGAGACGCAAAUCUCCUGAUUUAUCAAUAAAGGGGCGGCCCCGGUCUCUGAGUCCCUAUAGGAGAUCAAGGGCUCGGGUUGUGUCGACCACCCCUAAUGACCCUGAUUUUAGGAGAUCUCCCCAGCAACUGGGGAAACUUUGGAACCCAGACGAUGCCACUCCUUUUUCAUCGCCGCGGCCCAGGCUGCCACCAUCUAGACAGCCAAGAAAUCUUCCCACAACUAGGAGGUCAGACACCAUCGAAGAUGACGAAGAAUCUACCAAGAUAAUCAAACAACCAGAGACACGGCCAAUCAGCCAAGAGCAGUUGAUUGCUGAAGUCAAGGGGAUAUAUGCAGGCCUAGUCAUGGUCGAGUCUAAGUGCAUUGAGGUUGAUAAUGCACAGUCGUCGCAGAGUGAAACAAAACUAAAUAAUGAGCAAUGGCAAGCUCUGAUAGCACUACAUCGGACGCUUCUUCAUGAACAUCACGACUUUUUCUUAGCGUCACAACAUCCAUCGGCAAGCGUGGCUCUUCGUCGAUUAGCAUCCAAAUAUGCUAUGCCAGCUCGCAUGUGGAGACAUGGCAUUCAUUCUUUUCUGGAGUUAUUGCGUCACCGGCUACCACAUUCACUAGAACACAUGCUCACUUUCAUCUACCUUGCGUAUUCAAUGAUGGCUCUUUUAUAUGAGACCGUGCCUGCCUUUGAAGAUACUUGGAUCGAGUGUUUAGGUGAUUUGGGAAGAUACAGAAUGGCUAUCGAAGAUGAUGAUAUUCGAGAUAGGGAAGUUUGGACCGCUGUUUCUAGACAUUGGUACUCGAAAGCUUCGGACAAGGCACCUACGACGGGACGGCUAUACCACCAUCUCGCAAUUCUGGCGCGGCCCAGUCCACUUCAGCAGUUGUAUUACUAUACGAAGUCUCUAUGUGUUCCUAUCCCCUUUAGUUCGGCCCGGGAAUCUAUCAUGACUCUAUUCGACCCAAUACUCGACCCGACGAGUCCCCAGCAUUCCCGAUUAACGCCAGUCGAUGUAGCUUUUGUGAAACUCCAUGCGAUCCUUUUUAGCAACAAGUUGCCCGAUGAGUUUCAUCCAACAUUGCAUACAUUUACUAGCACGUUAAAUCACCAGAUUGGUCGAAAUACCAGAAAAUGGAUGGAGGCAGGAUAUCAUAUUGCGAUUUCGAACUGCUGCGCUCUCUUACUUUAUGGCCAGGAUGACAGUGUCCUGCUCAAGGCUAUUCGCCCUCAACAAGCUGAUGAGACAGUUGACUCGAAUACUGAUAAUGGGGAAAGCCUGCCUGAAUACAAGCUCAGUAAAAGAGAAGAGGGGGCAUGUGAACUUUUUCAGGGCACCAGCAACGUCGUCUUUAAUAGAGUCGGUGACUUAAAUGACGAGAAAUUUCCUAGGCAAGAUAAGGAACCCACACCUCGUCCGUUGCCCGAAGACUUCGCGAUGAAAGGUCUGGUCUGGGUAGCUAAAUACUUUCCGACUGAUUGGUAUUCCAAUGAUAAGAUCGAUGACGACGAGAAGUACUUCGAGGUUGCCUCCAUGACGGACGACCGCAAAAUAAGAAUUCUUUGGCUUGGAUGCCGCAUUGCAAAGUUUGGUAAAUGGCUUACCUACGACGAGGCAACACAUCAAUUCGGCGUCGCACCCGAGUACGAGGUAGAGCUUGAUAACUUUACUAAAGACGAGGAUAUUCUGGUCAGCGUUUCGGAGGCGGCGGCUGGGCCAACCUCUCAAGCAUCUACGUUGUCAACAUUUUCAGCAACUAUCUCCGGAAGUACAUCUGAUAGAGACGAUGAAGACAUGAUGGAUGUUGACGAAGCAUUGUCAUGUAAGCCCAUCAUUCGCCAAUAA